AUGGAUGCCAUUUUCGUUAUUUCCAAAAAUCAAGUAGCGUUAACAAAACCUCUUCUCCGAAACUGUUUUCUGAACCCUAAAAAGCGAACUAGUCUCCAGUCUCCACUUCCUGGGAUAUUGGCUCUGGUUCGCUUUCUCGCCAUGGGUAAGAAACUCAACGAAGCUCUGCAAUUAGGCGAACCAGAAACCCUAACAACUGAAGAAAACCAUGUAACUGAGGAGAAGAAGACGAAGAAGACAAAGAAGAAGGAUAAGAAAAGGAAGAGCAAGGAAAGGAAACACGGUCAUUUCAAUGAAGAAAACCCAACACCAGAACUGCUUGAGAACGGCAGAGAAGAAGCUAAGCCAAAAAGGAAGCUUGAAGAAGCGCUAGAGCCUUCAGAAGUCAAUGGAAGGGAUAUUGACAGCAAGAAGGCGAAGAAGAAGAAGGGGAAGAAAGCAGACGAAUCGAAUUCGAGCAAAGAACUCGACAGUAAUCAUGUCAAAGCUAGUGAAAACAAAAGGGAUGAGUCAGUCACUAAUGGGUCUGUGACUGUGUCUGGAAACAACACAAAAGAUUCCAAAUAUGCAGCUUUGAGCUCUUUUACUGAAGCCAAGCUCCCUGAGGAAGUACUUGAAUGCUGCAAGAAGUUCAGCAAGCCUUCUCCAAUUCAAUCCCAUGCUUGGCCUUUCCUUUUGGAUGGCCGGGAUUUCAUUGGGAUCGCUGCAACUGGAUCAGGUAAAACGUUGGCAUUUGGGGUUCCUGCUUUGAUGCAUAUUUUGGGCAAGGAGGAUAAGAAAAAAUCCAAGAGAACGAAUCCUCUUUGUCUUGUACUCUCACCUACAAGGGAACUAGCUCAACAAAUUGCAGAUGUUCUGUGUGAUGCUGGAAUGCCUUGUGGUGCCAGAACAGUUUGUUUGUAUGGAGGGACUUCCAAAGGACCUCAAAUAUCUGCUUUGAAGUCUGGAGUGGACAUUGUUAUUGGGACUCCUGGCCGUUUGAAGGAUCUAAUUGAAAUGGGUGUGUGUUGCUUGAAGGAAGUAUCUUUUGUGGUGAGUAGAACAUCAUCUGAAAAUAUUUUUGCUGAUGGUUAUGAUGGGUGCCAUUUCCUCAACUUCUGA